GGGUGUUUUCGUUGUUUUCCGUGGCUCCUCCUCCUGCCCCGCCUUCCGGGUUGUCAGGGGCAACUGGAGGAGACGCUUCUUACUCACCCUGGAGGCUAAACAACACUAACGUUAGAAGUAGCUAAAGGUGUAUGUUUUAGGUUAUUUACGGAUUGAGGAAUCACUCUGACAUUAACCCGAAGAAAGCGAACGCGAGAGAGGAGCAGUGGGGACAUGGCGGUGUAUUUUGACCACCGUAUCGAGGCCCCUGACAGCACUAACGUGCCCUCUCAGGUGACCUGGCACUCAGCUCUUCCUGUACUGGCUGUGGCCUCAAGCAGCUCCACCACUGGAGGCAAUGUAGACCUCUACCUGCAGCAGGGAGAGUCAGUGGAUAGCUGCCAUUUAGAACGUCCUCACCUGCCCACAGCGCUGCGCUGGCAUCCCGUAAAGCCAGUGUUGGCGCUGGGCUGGGAGGAUGGAGCGGUAGUGCUGCUGACACACCCCUCCGGAGAUCAGACGGUCCUUCCCAGCACACAUUCUGCCUGCAUCACACUGCUGGAGUGGAGCAGCUCUGGCAGCCGCUUAGUAACUGGCGAUCAGGCCGGAGCGCUAGCAGUCUGGAAGGUAGAUGCGAGAGGGAGACUUCAAGGAAACCAUCUUGUGAAGCACGAGUACUCCAAACCUCUUACUUGCUGCAUCUUCAGACCGGCCUCGCCUGGAGACGACGUGGCGAUGCUGGCUCGUGCAUCAGUUAGUGGGGAUGAGAGUGCUCUGGACAUGUUCAGUUGGAAGGGAGCACCUCUGAAGAUGGGCCCACAAGAUGGACUCGCAUUCUACGUCAGCUGCACAGAUGGUAAAGUCCACAGUGUGGAUGAGCAUUGUAAGACAAGCACCCUUCUCAGUGUGGAGGGAGCAAUCAAGAAACUGCUCUACCUUGACAAACGCGAGGUGCUCGCCGUGAUCACAGACACCCUGAUGUUGUCACAGUACACUCUUGGACCUGAGGGAGGAGCUCAGGAAUUCAUGAAGGUGAAGUUGAGCAGCAAGACUGGGAAGAACGUGGACCUUUUCUGGACGGACACCGGCCUCCUUAUCACAGCAACGGGGGAACAGGUCGUCAGGCUGUGGGACCUGGACGGAGACGACAACUAUGUUUUGUCCCUCAACGAGAAUCUGGGGUUUGAGAAAGGAGAGAUGAUCAACUGCGUUGCUUAUUGUGCAGCAAAAGAGAUCUUGGCAGCUGGCACCAGCCACGGCCGCAUAGCGAUGUGGAAGAUGGUGGUGCAGCCGAGCGCCAGCAGAAGUGAUGCCAAGGCCCAGUGGCAGCUGCAGACACCCACGGAGGUAGACGGAAAUGUCAUUCAGCUGCAGUGGGGCUCGAGCUUGAAUCUGCUGGCGGCCAACAAUUCCAACACGGUGCGGAUUCUGUGCGAGCAUGUGAUGUCAGCCCAUUUCAGCCAGCAGGUGGCGGCCCUGCAGCUCACCCCCACCCAGCUGAGCAUCACUAUGUUCACCUCAGGAGAGCACCUGGCCCUGCAGGCUGACAUGCAUGUCAAGGGAGUGUGUGUCACUAAGGACGCAGUGACGGUCUGGAGUGGCAAGCAGGUCACCGUGUACGAGCUCUCGGGCGCUAUUCUUCGCAAUACAGGAUCGUUUCCUUGUGACUCUUCUGUCGUAGCUGCACACGACGAGAACCUCUACACGGUGGAACCCAACCGGGUUCAGAUUCGCACGCCACAGGGCACCGUGAAGCAGCUGCUGACCUUUUCCAAGGCAGAGGGCAAUCCGGUUCUACUCAGUGUGUGUCAGUCUUACCUGGUGGUGGGCACAGACGCAGCGCACAUCAGAGUGUUUGACCUCUCCCGAAGAGAUGCCAAAGCUCACUGCAGUGCAAAGAACUUGGCUGAACGGAUUUCUAAUUUGGGGGCCCUGAAGUCCGUCAAAUGUAACGCCAACGGCAGCCAAGUCAGCAUCCUAAUCUCCCAGGUUAAUGGGCGACCGGAUCACAAAGUGUACUUUUAUGACGUUGAGAUGGACACUGUGACGCACUUUGACUUCUUCGCUGGCCGACCGUCCAGCGGUAUCUUUCAGCCCGAGGACAGUGAAAGGAAGCAGAUUCAGGCCACAGAGCUCAGCGGCCGCUGCCCCGUGUCUCACGUCUGGGAUGAGAGUGAACCUCGUCUCUUUGUCUGUGAGACUGUGCCGAUCGGCUCAGAAUCCUCGCCGUCAAGUUUCCUCCAUACGACGGACGUGUCGGUGGUGACGCUCUUCUGCACUCAGGACCAUGGCCUCCUCCUGCAGGACUGCUACCCUAAACCUUCGGGCCUGCAAGCACUCCUCGCCCUGGAUGUGCCCUACUAUUAUUUCAGCUGCAAGCCCGGUGAGCGAGACCCAGCAGAGAGUUCAGCCGCGCCAUCAGCGCCGUCAGAGCAGACCCAGCCGCCGGUGGGUUCGGCCGCCCAGUCCUCCCACAUGGUGUCCAGGCGGCCUCUUAGAGACUUUGUGGGCCUGGAGGACUGUGACAAGGCAACUCGCGACGCCAUGCUCAACUUCAGCUUUUACCUGACAAUCGGCGACAUGGACGAAGCCUUCAAGUCUAUCAAGCUCAUCAAGAGUAAAGCGGUGUGGGAAAACAUGGCACGGAUGUGUGUGAAAACCCGGCAGCUGGAUGUGGCACGCGUGUGCCUGGGGAAUAUGGGAAACGCCGGGGCAGCGAAAGCACUGAAGGAGGCGGAGACUGAGCCGGAGCCAGAAGCCCGAGUGGCCAUGUUGGCCAUUCAGCUCGGCAUGCUGGAAGAUGCAGACAAGUUGUACAAGUGCUGUCAACGCUACGACCUGCUGAACACUUUCUACCAGGCUUCUGGCCAAUGGCAGCGAGCUCUGGAAACAGCGGAGAACCACGAUCGCAUCCAUCUGCGCACCACCUAUUACAAUUAUGCCAAAUACCUGGAGUCCAUGGACGACAAGACCCUGGCCAUCGCAUAUUAUGAGAAAUCGGACACACACAGAGUCGAAGUGCCCAGAAUGCUCCAGGACGACCCGUCGUCUCUAGAAAUCUACGUUAACAAAAUGAAAGACAAGAACAUCUACAAGUGGUGGGCCCAGUACCUGGAGAGCCAGUCCGACAUGGACUCAGCGAUGUCGUUCUAUGAACGGGCCCAGGAUUACCUCUCUCUAGUUCGAGUCCACUGCUACAUGGGCAACAUUCAGAAGGCGUCUGAGAUAGCCAAUGACACCGGCGACAGGGCGGCGUCCUACCACCUGGCACGACACUACGAGGGCCACGAUGACAUCAAACAGGCCGUGCACUUCUACACACGAGCCCAGGCCUACAACAACGCCAUACGACUCUGUAAGGAGACGGGUCUGGACGACCAGCUGAUGAACCUGGCGCUGCUCAGCAACGCGGAGGACAUGAUGGAGGCCGCCUGCUACUACGAGGAGAAAGGCACCCACAUGGACCGAGCUGUGGCACUCUAUCACAAGGCUGGCUACGUCUCCAAAGCUCUGGAGAUGGCCUUUGCCACCCAGCAGUUCUCUGCACUUCAAUUGAUUGCUGAGGACCUGAAUGAGCAGUCUGACCCAGCACUGCUGGCACGCUGCUCCGACUUCUUCAUCACACAUUCCCAGUACGAUAAGGCAGUGGAGCUACUGAUAGCAGCCAAGAAGUACCACGAGGCCCUGGAGUUGUGUGUGACCCAGAGCUUGACCAUCACAGAGGAGCUGGCAGAGAGAAUGAUCGUAACGGAUUCAAAAGACCUGUCGCAAGAUGCCCGAAAGGAGCUGCUGGAGAGGAUAGCGGACUGCUGCAUCCGUCAGGGCAACUACCACCUGGCCACCAAGAAAUACACACAGGCGGGCAACAAGCUGAAGGCCAUGAGGGCGCUCCUCAAGUCUGGCGACACAGAGAAAAUCAUCUUCUUCGCCAGCGUCAGUCGUCAGAAGGAGCUCUUCAUCAUGGCCGCCAACUACCUCCAGUCUCUGGACUGGCGCAAAAAUCCAGAGAUCUUGAAGACAAUCAUUGGAUUCUACACUAAAGGAAAGGCACCGGACCUGCUGGCUGGCUUCUAUGAAGCCUGUGCACAGGUGGAGAUUGACGAGUACCAGAACUACGAAAAGGCCUUAGAUGCUCUGACCGAGGCUUUCAAGUGCCUCUCCAAAGCAAAGGACUCCUCAACUGGACCACAGGAAAUAAGACUCGCUGACCUGAAGCGUCGAGUAACACUCGUCAAGAAGUUUGUCCACGCUCGCCGGUUGUACACGGAGGAUGCCGGCGAGGCCGUGCGCUUGUGUGAAUCCUUGCUGGAGGAGCCGGAGUUGGACCCCGCCGUCCGGAUCGGAGAUGCAUUUGGUUUUCUGGUGGAGCACCACUGUCAGCAAGGCAACUUCAAAGAGGCCAACUGUAAGAUGGAGGAGCUCCAGAGGCUUCUGCCAUCACAGAACAUCAGGUACUACAUCAGCCAGGCCAGCCUUCAGUCCCUGCAAAAAGAAAUGGGACUGUCCUUAGAUUGUAGUGAUAGAAGGCCCAGUGUGCAGGAGGAGGAUGAAGUGGAGGAGGACUUAACGGUAUCCUAAGUCUCGCCGAUGAUUGUUUUUUGUUAAACAAUGUAAUAUAUUUUCGUAUAUUUGGAUUCUUUUUUUAUGUGUCGCAUUUUCGGGCACAUGAAUAUGCAAGAAUCUGCACUUUCUCAGACCAGGAACGUCUGUCUCCUACCUCAAAGGACAAUAUUUGACCUGCAAUACACUAAAAUGUCCAGUGUGACCGAGGACGAAGUGAAGGAAUCGGCGCUGGAGGCUUUAAUAGCUUUGAUAUAUCAGUGGUGAUGUUCAUAUAGACUUAUAGAACAAUGUUUCCAUCCAAUGCACAGGCAGUGCAUCCAGAUACAGGCAACCAAAUUCAUAAUGAAUCUUUACAAAAGCAACAGUUUGGUUGAUUCAAUGCGGGAAUUCUUUUCUACCUGCCGCCCUGGAUACGUGCUACUACAUCAGAACUGAUGAAAACAGGUUAUCGCCUUGGAACGAAAUCUUAUUUCUGUGUCUCUUAAUGUGCAGUUUGUCAUAGAUGUGAGUGACAUUUGGAGCAAAGCAUGUUCAUGGUAGUGGAAAUACCCCUCAGUGUCAAAAUUUGUAUUUUUUAGCUAUUUUUGAUAACUUGUGAGUCUACUUCACACAUGUUUACAUUACAAUUUGUCCUGUAUAUCGAAAGGUUCCUAUAAUAAAAGAUUUUUUCAAAUUGAA